AUUGCUGUGGUUCUGCAGGAGGAAGAGGAUGUCAGGGCCAUGUCCCAGCCCAUGGGCCAGGCUGCUGCUGGCAGCCCUGCUGAGUGUCAGCCUUCCGGGGAGCACAGCCAAUCACUGCAGGAGGGCUCAGGUGAAGACCUGCACUGAGUGCAUCCGCGUGGACAAGGACUGUGCCUACUGCACAGACGAGGUGUUCAAGGAGCGCCGCUGCAACACCCAGGCAGAGCUGCUGGCUGCGGGCUGCAGGCUGGAGAGCAUGGUGAUCAUGGAGAGCAGCUUUGAAAUCACAGAGGAGACCCGGAUCGACACCACCCUGCGCCGCAGCCAGGUGUCCCCGCAGGCCCUGAGAGUCCGACUGCGGCCGGGCGAGGAACGGCACUUUGAGCUGGAGGUGUUCGAGCCCCUGGAGAGCCCCGUGGACCUGUACAUCCUCAUGGACUUCUCCAACUCCAUGUCCGAUGAUCUGGACAACCUCAAGCAGAUGGGGCAGAAGCUGGCCACAGUCCUGAGCCAGCUCACCAGCGACUACACUAUUGGAUUUGGGAAGUUUGUGGACAAAGUCAGCGUCCCUCAGACGGACAUGAGGCCUGAGAAGCUGAAGGAGCCCUGGCCCAACAGUGACCCCCCCUUCUCCUUCAAGAACGUCAUCAGCCUGACGGAGGACGUGGAUGAGUUCCGGGACAAGCUGCAGGGCGAGCGGAUCUCGGGCAACCUGGAUGCCCCUGAAGGUGGCUUCGAUGCCAUCCUGCAGACAGCUGUGUGCACGAAGGACAUCGGUUGGCGCCCUGACAGCACCCACGUGCUGGUGUUCUCCACCGAGUCAGCGUUUCACUACGAGGCCGACGGUGCCAAUGUGCUGGCCGGCAUCAUGAGCCGCAACGACGAGAGGUGCCACCUGGACCCCACAGGCACCUACACCCAGUACAAGACGCAGGACUACCCAUCGGUGCCAACCUUGGUGCGCCUGCUCGCCAAGCACAACAUCAUCCCCAUCUUCGCCGUCACCAACUACUCCUACAGCUACUACGAGAAACUUCACACAUACUUCCCGGUCUCCUCGCUGGGUGUGCUGCAGGAAGACUCUUCCAACAUCGUGGACCUGCUGCAGGAGGCCUUCAACCGCAUUCGCUCCAACCUGGAUAUCCGGGCCCUGGACAGCCCCCGAGGCCUGCGGACCGAGGUCACCUCCAAGAUGUUCCAGAAGACAGAGACUGGGUCCUUUCACAUCAGGCGAGGGGAAGUGGGAACGUACAGCGUGCAGCUGCGGGCCGUGGAGGACGUGGACGGGACACACGUGUGCCAACUGGCAGGAGAGGACCAGAGAGGCAACAUCCACUUGAAGCCCUCCUUCUCCGAUGGCCUCUGGAUGGACGUGAGCAUCAUCUGCGACAUGUGUGCCUGCGAGCAGCAUAAAGAGGUACAGUCAGCUCGCUGCAACUACAGAGGAGACUUCAUGUGCGGGCACUGUGUGUGCCACGAGGGCUGGAUUGGCAAGACCUGUAACUGUUCCACUGGUUUGCUGAGUGACACGCAGCCCUGUGUGCGGGAGGGCGAGGACAAGCCAUGCUCCGGCCACGGCGAGUGCCAGUGCGGGCGCUGUGUGUGCUACGGUGAAGGCCGCUACGAGGGUCACUUCUGCGAGUAUGACAACUUCCAGUGCCCCCGAACCUCCGGGUUCCUCUGCAACGACCGGGGACGCUGCUCCAUGGGCCAGUGUGUGUGUGAGCCUGGUUGGACAGGCCGGGGCUGUGACUGUCCCCUCAGCAAUGCCACCUGCAUCGACAGCAAUGGGGGCAUCUGUAAUGGACGUGGCCACUGCGAGUGUGGCCGCUGUCACUGCAACCGGCAGUCGCUCUACACAGACACCACCUGCGAGAUCAACUACUCAGCGAUCCGCCUGGGCCUCUGCGAAGACCUGCGCUCCUGUGUGCAGUGCCAGGCCUGGGGCACUGGGGAGAAGAAGGGCCGAAAGUGUGAGGAGUGCAGCUUCAAGGUCAAGGUCGUGGAUGAGCUUAAGAAAGCGGAGGAGGUGGUGGAGUACUGCUCCUUCCGGGAUGAGGACGACGACUGCACCUACAGCUACACCGUGGAGGGCGACGGCGUCCCGGGGCCCAACAGCACGGUCCUGGUGCACAGGAAGAAGGACUGCCCUCCCGGCUCCUUGUGGUGGCUCAUCCCGCUCCUCAUCCUCCUCCUGCCGCUCCUGGCCCUGCUGCUGCUGCUCUGCUGGAAAUACUGUGCCUGCUGCAAGGCCUGCCUGGCGCUUCUCCCUUGCUGCAACAGAGGACACAUGGUGGGCUUUAAGGAAGACCACUACAUGCUGCGGGAGAACCUCAUGGCCUCGGACCACCUGGACACACCCAUGCUGCGCAGCGGGAACCUCAAGGGCCGUGACACUGUCCGCUGGAAGAUCACCAACAACGUGCAGCGGCCUGGCUUUGCCACCCACGCUGCCAGCACCAAUCCCACAGAGCUGGUUCCCUACGGGCUGUCCCUGCGCCUUGCCCGCCUCUGCACUGAGAACCUCAUGAAGCCUGGCACUCGAGAGUGUGACCAGCUGCGCCAGGAGGUGGAGGAGAAUCUGAACGAGGUAUACAGACAUAUCGCCGGGUCGCACAAGCUCCAGCAUACCAAGUUCCGACAGCAGCCCAACGCCGGGAAAAAGCAAGACCAUACCAUCGUGGACACGGUGCUCAUGGCGCCCCGCUCGGCCAAGCAGGCGCUGCUGAAGCUGACAGAGAAGCAGGUGGAGCAGGGCGCGUUCCACGAGCUCAAGGUGGCCCCUGGCUACUACACCCUCACUGCCGAGCAGGAUGCCCGAGGCAUGGUGGAAUUCCAGGAGGGCGUGGAGCUGGUGGACGUGCGCGUGCCCCUCUUCAUCCGGCCCGAGGACGACGAGGAGAAGCAGCUGCUGGUGGAGGCCAUUGACGUGCCCGUGGGUACCGCCACCCUGGGUCGGCGUUUGGUAAACAUCACCAUCAUCAAGGAGCAAGCCAGCGGGGUGGUAUCCUUCGAGCAGCCCGAGUACUUGGUCAGCCGUGGUGAGCAAGUAGCCCACAUUCCUGUCAUCCGGCGCAUCCUAGACAACGGCAAGUCCCAGGUCUCCUACCGCACACAGGACAACACAGCACAGGCCAACCGGGACUACAUCCCAGUGGAGGGUGAGCUUCUGUUCCACCCUGGGGAGACCUGGAAGGAGCUGCAGGUGAAGCUCCUGGAGCUGCAGGAAGUGGACUCCCUUCUGCGGGGCCGCCAGAUCCGUCGUUUCUACAUCCAACUCAGCAACCCCAAGUUUGGAGCCCGCCUGGGCCAGCCCCACUCGGCCACCGUCGUCAUUGGGGAGCGUGGGGAGCGAGAUGAACUGGACCGGAACCUCAUAAGUCAGACGCUGUCAUCAUCACCAUCCCCUUGUGGAGACCUGGGCGCCCCACAGAAUCCCAAUGCCAAGGCUGCUGGGUCCCGGAAGAUCCACUUCAACUGGCUGCCCCCUCCUGGCAAGCCAAUGGGGUACAGGGUGAAGUACUGGAUCCAGGGCGACUCUGAGUCUGAAGCCCACCUGCUCGACAGCAAGGUGCCCUCAGUGGAGCUCACCAAUCUGUACCCGUACUGCGACUAUGAGAUGAAGGUGUGCGCCUACGGGGCACAGGGCGAGGGCCCCUACAGCUCCCUGGUGUCCUGCCGCACCAACCAGGAAGUACCCAGCGAGCCGGGACGUCUGGCCUUCAAUGUCGUGUCUUCCACGGUGACCCAGCUGAGCUGGGCUGAGCCAGCUGAGACCAAUGGCGAGAUCACGGCCUACGAAGUCUGCUAUGGCUUGGUGAAUGAAGACAACCGACCCAUUGGACCCAUGAAGAAGGUGCUGGUGGACAACCCCAAGAACCGGAUGCUGCUCAUCGAGAACCUACGAGAAUCCCAGCCCUACCGCUACACAGUGAAGGCACGCAAUGGAGCAGGCUGGGGCCCUGAGCGUGAGGCCAUCAUCAACCUGGCCACGCAGCCUAAGCGGCCCAUGUCCAUCCCCAUCAUCCCGGACAUUCCCAUCGUGGACGCCCAGGGUGGGGAGGACUACGAAAGCUUCCUCAUGUACAGUGACGAUGUUCUGCGCUCCCCGGCCGGCAGCCAGAGGCCCAGCGUCUCAGAUGACACUGAGCACCUGGUAAAUGGCCGGAUGGACUUUGCCUACCCUGGCAGUGCAAACUCCCUGCACAGGAUGACAGCAGCCAAUGCUGCCUAUGGCACCCACCUGAGCCCACAUCUGUCCCACCGCAUACUGAGCACAUCCUCCACCCUCACUCGGGACUACCACUCACUGACCCGCACUGGACACUCCCGCUCUGGCACGCUGCCCCGGGACUACUCUACCCUCACGUCCCUGUCUUCCCAGGGCCUCCCUCCCAUUUGGGAAGACGGGAGGAGGAGGCUUCCGCUGUCCUGGGCCCUGGGGUCCCAGAGUUGGGCUCAGAUGAAGGGGGGCUCUCCAGACUCCAUUAUCCUGGCUGGGCAGUCAACAGCGCCCUCCUGGGGCCCAGACUCCCGUGGGGCUGUGGGUGUGCCCGACACUCCCACCCGCUUGGUGUUCUCAGCCCUGGGGCCCACAUCUCUGAAAGUGAGCUGGCAGGAGCCACAGUGUGAGCGUGUGCUGCUAGGUUACAGCGUGGAAUACCAGCUGCUGAAUGGCGGUGAGCUGCAUCGACUCAACAUCCCCAACCCUGGCCAAACUUCAGUGGUGGUGGAAGACCUCCUGCCCAACCACUCAUACGUGUUCCGAGUGCGGGCCCAGAGCCAGGAGGGCUGGGGCCGGGAACGCGAGGGUGUCAUCACCAUCGAGUCACAGGUUCACCCACAGAGCCCACUCUGUCCUCUGCCAGGCUCCGCCUUCACCCUGAGCACCCCCAGUGCCCCAGGCCCACUGGUGUUCACUGCCCUGAGCCCUGACUCACUGCAGCUGAGCUGGGAACGGCCACGGAGGCCCAAUGGAGCUAUCCUGGGCUACCUGGUGACCUGUGAGCUGGCUCAAGGAGGAGGACCAGCCACCACAUUCCGGGUGGAUGGAGACAAUCUGGAAAGCCGGCUGACGGUGCCUGACCUCAGUGAGAAUGUGCCCUACAAGUUCAAGGUGCAGGCCAGGACCACUGAGGGCUUCGGGCCAGAGCGAGAGGGCAUCAUCACCAUUGAGUCCCAGGAUGGAGGUCCCUUCCCACAAUUGGGUGGCCACCCUGGCCUCUUCCAGCCCCCACUGCAAGGCGAGUACAGCAGCAUCACCACCACCCACAGCAGCAGCACCGAGCCCUUCCUAGUGGAUGGACUGACCCUGGGGUCCCAGCACCUGGAGGUAGGCGGUUCCCUCACCCGGCACAUGACCCAGGAGUUUGUGAGCCGCACGCUGACCACCAGUGGAACUCUCAGCACCCAGGAACAACAGUUCUUCCAGACCUGACCCCCAAGCCCAGCAACGUCUGGAAACCGGGGCCCUUGCUGCCUUCCCACCCCUGCCCGCCUUCUCAGCUGCAACAUCCUCAAGACCCAGGGGCCCAGCCCUGUGCAUGCUAACCUCAGAGCAGGGGUAGAUGUUCUCUGAGAAGCAUGAAACGGCAGGGGUCCCAGAAGACUCAUCAGGCUGCCCCUCCUGACCCCCGGCCCAGACCCAGUUGUAACCAAAGAGCUCCGACCAGCAUUUGUUCUGCACUUAAUA